AUGUCCAACGAAUCUUCGGCGCGGCGCAUCUUGCCUCAAAGCUCACAAAUGAGCUCCUUUUCCUUUGCGCCACAGCAAUACCCUCAAAGGGAAACCCAGAAGAACUAUGUUUUCGUUGACGAGCACAACCGCCACAAGCGACUGAAAGUGAUGAGAGCUUGUGAAGGCUGCCGGAGAAGGAAGAUCAAAUGCGAUGCUGCUACCACAAACACAUGGCCCUGCUCGGCCUGCAUCAGGCUGCGUCUUCACUGCGUGCGACCCAACGGACAGUAUGAUGGAACGUCUGACUCGGGAGCCUAUGAUUCGUCCCCAACUGCCACCGACUACGCCGACGCAGGUCAGCUGCAAGACAGCUUCCGCCAGAUGCCCAUGCAACAGCAGCAGACCUCGAUGAUUGCGAAUGCGCCCAAGCCUGGACCGGCAAUGUAUGCCACGCACGCGGCCUAUCCAGACAACCCCAAUGUCUACCAACACGUGCCUUAUUCAGACUCUUCUGCGGCUCCGCAGAAUGUGCAUUACACAACUAUGCCACCAUCCGUUCCUGUGAUGGAUCAGCAGCAAUAUGCAGCACAGCACCACUUUCCCAGUCCUCCUCACCAUCAGGGCUCCAAACCGCAUUCCUCCUCUCCCGGCGCGUACUCUCAAGAUGAGUACCAGCAGCAAGACCUGUCAGAUUUGCUAGGAUCAUUGAAGAUGGACGAGGCAGGAUCAGCACCGUAUCUUAGGAACAGGGCAACGUUCAGGCAGGAGGAAGAACCCGCUGUCGAGGAGGCCGACGAGUACAAGAGCCACCUACCUGCUCUUUUGCCUGCGCCGGGCCUGAAAAUCCGCAUCCCACCAGAACUUAUGCCCGACGACGACACGGCAGAGCACUACCUCGACCUGUACUUUGGCCAUGUUCAUCCUUAUGUUCCCGUGUUGAGCAAGACAAUGUUUUACCAGCAAUGGAACUCCAACAGGGACGCCAUCUCGCCACUCAUCCUUGAGGCCAUCUUUGCAAUCGGCGGACGAUUAGCAGAUGAGCCGGCCCAAGGUCAACAGUGGCUGGCUUUGGCCAGUAAUCACGCCGACGCAUUCAUGGAUAUUCCACGACUGAGCACACUACAGGCGCUGUUGAUUAUACUAAAAGCAAGGGAAGCCGCGCCGAAGCGAGGCUACUACUACCGAUCUUGGAUGACGGUUGUGCAGUGCGUUCAGAUGGCAAAGGAUCUUGGCCUCGACGAGCACUAUUCCGACCAUCAGACCGGCCGACCUUGCGAUUCUAGCCCGAUGGAAUGCCAGCUGAAGAGCCGAAUUUGGCAGACCAUUUUCGUGUGUGAAGUCAUGGUCGGAUCUCCGCAAGGGAGGACCGAUUUGGCGGUCGAACUUGACACGAUUGACUUCAGUAUACCUCGUCCUAUACCCGGGGCUGAUGAACUCGAAUACAACAUCUCUCGCAACUUUACGUAUCUCGCCCGGAUCGUCAAGAACAUUAGUCGAAUGAAUACAGUUUAUGGCCGCCUGCGAAAAACAAAGAAAGAUUGGGGGGUCGAUCCGGAUUUUGUACAGCUCAACCCUUCUCUAAACUCGUGGUUGAACGACCUCCCAGGCGACCUAUCGGUGACGUUUCCACCCGAUGGAUCUGCGCCGUGGCUCUCGUCGCCGUUUAUCGGCAAUCUACACUCGUACUACUACCUGGCGCAGAUUUUGCUGCACCGGCCGCAGCUGGCGUUUUUGGAUCCCAACGGCGCAGACGGCCAGUGGAAGCACCACAUGAUGAUUUGCUACAAUUCUGCCAAGGCGCUCUGUCGCCUGCAGGAGGCAGUCGUCAAUACCUUUGGCUUCACGGGCCUGCAGUGCAUGCAGCGCGGGUUUAGCUUCACCAUCUACUGCGGCUUGACGUGCAUUGUUCUCCACCUGGUGGGUGUGGCAAUCACGUCUCCGGACCCGGAUCUGAACGUUGACGCGCGGGACUACUUUGCGCGUCACAUGCGAGUUCUCGAGAGGGUCAUGUCGGUUUGGCCUAUGGCGGAUCUCCAAAAGCCAGUCGAUGCUGUUCGUGAAGCAUUCUCUGCUGACACCAGGAAACCAUUCGUACUGAAGCCGAGCUUCCCAUACGGCAGCCCACACUCUUCGAACCAGUCGCCGUCGCCUCACAUCAACACGGGAUACCGGCCAUCGCCGCUGUCUCAGGCGGGUUCGCUUGAACCACGACUUGAUACGCAGAACAUGCACCAACAGCACUCCCAAGUUAGUUAUAGCCACCCCAUGACGCCACCCAUAUCCGCCGGACCUCUGGACACGAGGAGUGACUCGCCUGAUGUACAGUCACUCGUAAUGAUGUCGAGCCAAGGCUCCCAAGCGCCUGGGAUGCCACCUACGAUGCCCCUUGCGGAAGCGCCGGCCUGGAAUCCGCAGAGAAUUUUCGAACAAUGGAAUACGUCAUUUGGUACGCCUCAAGUCCAGGCACAGUCGACCAGCGUCCCCACCCAGACCAGCGCGCUUAACGUUUCCCCGUCUUCAGGUCAACCCGAAGCCCCAUCCAUCCAGGAUAUCCAAGCUGCCACGGCCAGCAUGCCUGUCGCUGCACAGCAGAUGCCGGCCCAGCAAUACUCGGCGGCUCCUGUCCAAACGUUUGUCACGCCAGCCAUGUGGCAAGAAUCAGUGGCCAGCGUGUACGAAGGCGGUCUCAAGCGCGCGUGGGACUAUGAAGGCGGUCCGGUGAUGAAGCGGCAGCGCUGA